UUCCAAACCUCCAAUCAUCCCUCAACUCCCUCACUUUCUGUUCUUUCCAAGAAAAUCCCCACUUUUUUUUUUUCUUGUUUAACUAUCUCUACCAAACGCAUUAGCCAAAGAUUUUUUUUUUCUUUUUGCUUUUUAGUUCAGGGUGAUGGUGCUGGAGAUGCUUGCAUGGCCUCUAAAGAGUUGUUUUGGAGAUGGAGAUGGUGGGGAUAAGCUGUUAUGGCAUGUGGACUUGAAGCCUCAUGCUUCAGGGGAUUAUUCAAUUGCUGUCGUACAAGCUAACUCCUUGCUAGAAGACCAAGGGCAGGUCUUCACUUCUUCUUCUGCCACUUAUGUCGGUGUCUAUGAUGGCCAUGGUGGCCCCGAGGCUUCUCGGUUUAUUGCUGAUAAUCUAUUCUCUUUUAUCCACAAGUUCGCAACAGAGCAAGGUGGACUAUCAGUAGAUGUGAUAAGGAAGGCAUUUGAUGCCACAGAAGAGGAAUUCUUGGAAUUGGUAAAGCGAACAUGGAUGGCUAAGCCUCAGAUUGUUUCAGUGGGUUCUUGUUGCCUUGUUGGGGCAAUGUCAAAUGGUGUUUUGUAUGUGGCAAAUCUUGGGGACUCGAGGGCAGUGCUUGGCAAGAAAGUGUCUGAAGGCAACACAAGUAGUGUAGUGGCUGAACGCUUGUCUACUGAUCAUAACGUUUGCGAUGAGGAGGUGAGGAAAGAGGUGGCUGCACUCCAUCCUGAUGAUUCACACGUUGUGGUUUACACUCAAGGAGUUUGGCGGAUAAAGGGCAUAAUUCAGGUUUCAAGAUCAAUUGGAGAUGUCCAUCUAAAGAAACCUGAGUUCUAUGGAGGUCCUCUUUUUCAGCAGUUUGGAUUGCCUGUUCCAUUUAAAAGGCCCGUGAUGACAGCUGAACCCUCAAUAUUGGUUCGACAGUUAAAUCCACAGGACCUAUUCUUGAUAUUUGCUUCAGAUGGUCUUUGGGAGCAACUGAGUGAUGAAACAGUUGUAGAUAUAGUUUUGAAGAGUCCUCGAGCCGGGAUAGCAAGGCGAUUGGUGCAGGCUGCGCUGCGGGAGGCUGCAAGGAAAAGAGAAACGAGAUAUGACGACUUAAAAAGGAUUGAUAAAGGAGUGAGACGCCAUUUCCACGAUGAUAUUACCGUCAUUGUUCUGUACCUAGAUCAUCCGCUAGGUUCUUCGACUGGUAGAUUCAACAAUCAUAGGGUUGAUGACUGCACGAAUACCCCUACUGAUAUCUUCUCAUUAGUUGUAGAUGAAGGACAAUGUUAGCUUCAUGCUUCUCUCUGAGCAGAGCAGAGACUACAGGCUGGUGAAUACUGAAUAGAGAUAAUAAAUUAUGGUUACAUGAUGUACUUGAAAUAAUAGCCACAGGAGGAGGGUUUGUAUAUAGAUUGCUCGCAAAUGGAUGAAAAUGGAUGCCUCACUGAUAUAGCUGCUUAUAAAGUUCUCAGUUUUGCUUUGAA